AUGCCGAAACUGAAAUCUUUCCCUAAUUCUGGAACCAGGAAGAAUAUUCUGGGUAAAGUGAAGUGGUUGAGGGUGGUAUUAGAUGAAGGUCACACCAUCAGGAAUCCUAACGCACAGAUGACCAAGGCAAUUCUUGGGCUACAGACACAGAGGAAGUGGGUUUUAACAGGUACACCAAUCCAGAACUCUUUACGAGACCUGUGGACGCUGGUGUUGUUUCUGAAGAUAGAUCCCUUCACUGCCCGAGAUAUCUGGCAACGCGCCAUUGAAAGACCUCUGUCUGGUGGCAGUGAAUAUGCUCUCAAGCGUGUCCAACAUUUGAUGGGUCACAUUGCCCUACGGCGUAUGAAGACACAGGUUGUGGGAGGAAAGCCUCUAGUCCAGCUACCUGCCAGAAAUGUCUACCUGGAAACUCUCCAGUUGUCAGAGGAUGAGAGGAGGACAUAUGACACCAUGGCACAGGAGGGGAAACUGAUCAUUAGCAGGUACUUCAGACAGGGUACCCUGCUCCAUCAUUACGGUGAAGUGUUGGCCAUUUUGAUGAGGCUACGCCAGCUUUGUUGCCACCCGUUUCUUAUCGCCAAUGCUGCCAAGUUGGCUGUACAGUCACAAGAGCUAAGUGGUCAGAUGGACAGCAGUCUGCCAGCAGAGCUGAGGGAGAAGUUAGUCCAGAGUCUUCUCCAAGUAUUAAACUCAGGAUCAGAUGAGGAGUGUUCCAUAUGUCUGGAUCCUCUGAACACUCCUGUUAUCACCAGGUGUGUCCAUGUGUUCUGUAAACCCUGUAUUGAGAGAGUGAUACAGACUGAGGGGGAAGGUGCUAAUUGUCCAUUGUGUCGUGGUAAACUUGAGAGGAAUGAGCUGAUCCCAGUCCCAGAGAAUACAGAGGAGGAGGAGUUCACAAUAGAAGGACCAUGGCAGUCCAGUGCCAAGGUGGAUGCCUUGAUGAAGGCCCUGAUUCAGCAGAGGAAGGAUGACCCAACCAUUAAGAGUAUUGUUGUCUCGCAAUUCACUUCCUUCCUCACUGUCCUAGAGACUCCACUCAAAGCUGCUGGGUUCAAGUUUGCACGUCUCGAUGGCACCAUGACAGCUGCGAAGAGAACACAGGCCAUUGAGCAGUUCUCUGACCUUGACCCCCGUGCUCCUACCAUAUUCCUCCUCUCACUGAAGGCUGGAGGUAUGGGACUUAACCUUACUGCUGCCUCCAGGGUUUUCUUGAUGGAUCCUACCUGGAACCCAGCAUCCGAGGAGCAAUGUUUUGACAGAUGUCAUCGUCUCGGGCAAACCAAGGACGUCAUCAUCACAAAGUACGUCGUGAAGGAUUCUGUGGAAGAGCUCAUGUUGGAACUGCAGGAGAGGAAACGCAAACUGAUGCAGGGAGCAUUUGGAAAGAAGCAGACAGUCGAGCAACGAAGAGAAACACGCAUUGCAGAUAUCAAAACUUUGUUUUCAUAGAACCGAAAACUUAAGAUAACUUUUCAAAUUUGUCAAACAGAGCUGCAGAAAGUUGGUUUUAUUCUAUCUUAAGUUCUGAGUUUUUAGGUGCAUGGUCAAAAAAGAGAUGUUUGGAAAGAACAAUGCAAAAACAUUUUGUACUGAUGCAAUUUAGCCUUUAGGUACAUGAUGCUUGAGAUAAAAUUAUAGUACAUUUAGAAUAAUUUUCCAUUAUUUGAAACCAUCUUGUCUGUAAUGCAGUACCAAGAUUAAUUUUAGUCUCCAGUUUUAUUUCUUCACACUAUUAGAAACAAAUUAUUCCAAAGUUUCCUGCUUGUGUUUUUUUUAUUUCAAGUAAAUGAGAGAAUAUUUUAACUGGUUUGUAUUUUUGAGAACAUUUUUCAGUACAGCUGAUUCAGUUUGAGAGGUGCUUGGUUGGUGACACAAGUUUAUAAGAUAUUCAAAAGUGGGUGACAUACAAAGUGCCUAAAUUUUGUUCUAACAUAUAUCUGCCUCCAAUAUUAGAUGAGAUUCAGUCAUUUUAUUUAUAGCAAUGUAAAUUUUUUAAUGUAUUACCGGUUACCCAUCAGAAAUAUUCUUAAAUACAUAACAGCAAAUAGAUAAAGAAAUUUGCAACAUUUUAAUACUGUUUUUCAUUGGAAUCAAAUCUCCUUUUACCCUUUUGAAUUUGUCUGUCCAAAGUAAUUUUAAUUCAAUUAAAACAAAACUGCUUCAGUUGAUUCAGCAUUUAUAGAAUUCUAUCUACUUUAAUACUUUUAGAUAAUUGUAUUUUUGCCAUUCAUAAAACAUUAAGUAAAGAGCAUAUUUUUUCUAA